AUGCCCGUUGUCCGCCUGUGUGAGGACAUGAAGGAGCAUCCAAAAACUUCAAAACAUAAGUGUCCAGUGCAGAUCAUAUCUUUGGAUGAUCAGGGUGGCCUGGCCCUUGCUAAUGAGGCCCUGAGCCAAUGCCUGGAGCAGGGAGAUGUGGGGGACGCUCCUGUCUGCCUGAUCUCCAUCAUUGGGGAACAGCGUCGGGGGAAAUCCUUCCUGAUGACCUGUCUGUUGCGCCAGCUCCAGAACCAGGAAGACAAGGAUGCAUCCUGGAUGGGCAGUGAUGAUGAGCCACUGGAAGGGUUUGAGUGGCGAUCUGGGCCGGAGACUGUGACUAAGGGGGUGUGGAUGUGGGGUGAGCCCCUAUGGGUCCAGGUCCCACAAGGAAAGGUGGCCGUGUUCCUGGUGGACACAGAGGGCUCCAUGGACCUGCAGCGCCAGUUGGAGACCAGCAUCAAGCUGUCUGUGUUCAGCAUCUUGCUUAGCUCCUACCAGAUUUUCAACAUUUUAUCAGAGUUUAAGCUUGUGGACCAGGAUUAUUUGGAGAUGUUCAUUACGGUUGCAGAAGAAGUUGGGAAGAACUUCAAUCUCUACCCUGUUCAGCAUCUGGACUUGCUGAUCCGUGACUGGCAACACACUUCCACCUAUGGAGUGGAAGGAGGCCAGGAGCAUCUGAAACGCGUCAUAAAGGAUCUGGAGUCACUUCCAGGCAAUGAUUUGGUCUUGAAAGUCCUGAAGGCAGCAGAAACCCAGUGUUACCUCAUGCCCCAUCCUGGUACUCGUUUCACACGCAGUAAUCGCUUAGGAGACUUCGAGAAGGAUUUCCAGGACUGCCUGAAGGAUUAUGUCACCACCCUGGUGGCUUUACCUGCAAAACACGUCCGUAAGGACUCGAAUGGGCAUGCGCUCACUGGGAAGCAGCUGGCGAUGAAGAUCAGGGAUUUCUUUCAAUUUCUGGAGGAGAAUCACUAUGACUUCUCUUCUCCUGUAAAGAUGGCUGAGACUUUGGCCAAUAUGCGAGAGCAAGUGAACAGGAAAAUAGUCGACAUCAUCAAGGGGGAAUAUUCUGAAUUUGUGCUUCAUCAGGACCGUGACACCCAAACUGAGACUCACUGUCUGAAUAUCAGUCCCACUGAAAUGCAGAAGAAGCUGGAGGAGAAAUGCCAGGAAUUGCUGGAGCGGUGCCGGAGGGAGCUGCUGGGUGACGAACAGCAGAAAGAGGCCAUGGUUCAGGAUGUGGGACAGGAGCUGAGACAAAUGUUGGAAGGAUUCAUGUCGACCUACAACUGGCGAUUCAAAGAGAUGGAGAAUGCUGCCAACAGGACCAUAAAGGACAAAUUCAAACAGCAAUAUAAAGGCUAUAUUACAGAUCAGGGCCGGGAAAACAAGGCCAGGCUGCAAUGCUGUCGGGUGCAGCCCAGAAAGAUGCGGCAAUGCCUGGAGAAAAAAGGCCAGGAGUUGCUGCAGCAGUGCGAGGAGGAGCUGAGGGGGGCCGGAGAUCGGAAACAGGCUGUCCUGAGAGACCUUGAGCAGGAGUUGACCGAGCAAAUGGAUGAUUUCCUGUCAAACCUGGAGUAG